GCUUUGAUCAGUCACAAUACUUUCAAUCAAUUGGACUCUUUCUGCUCAAGAUUCAAGCAGUAGUUCGGCAGUCGAGUCGAAGUCAAUCAAUGAAAUCUAGUCCAUGAUCAGUGCUCCGUUCAUGGCUUGAAAUACUUUCUUGUAUCCUUCGCAGACACCUGUAAUAUGUCUACUAUCAGUCGCAAUGCCGGUCAACUUCACUCCUAGACUAGUCGACAUAUCCAAAGCGCUCGCGUCUCCUGGCAAUGCUAACAUCGUCGGCGUCGUGGUCGACGUGAUGCCCGGCGUUUGGAAGUCUCGGGGCUCCUCUACCUGCAUUACCUUCACGAUCAAAGACACCAACUUGGAGAAUGGCCAUACGUGGGACGGGUUGAAGGUCAAAUAUUUUAGGGAUAACGAGGAUAGUCUGCCACCCGUCAAAGUGCAUGAUGUAAUUCUGCUGCGCAACUUAUGGGUCCGGUCAUUACAAGGAGGAACCCUGGGAGUGGCCGCGCAGGAUCGGUGCAUCCCAUGGGCCAUUUUCCGUUCAGACCCGAAUCCAAUGGCCAGAUCCUCACCGAUCUGUGGCCCCCAGCCCUUUGAGCCUGAUGCAAUCGAAAGAAGGAAGGCCCUGUCUCUGCUGGACAAAGUCGCUAGCAUCCACGACUUUCGCAAAGCUUCGGUAGAAGCCCGUCCUCCACCUUCUUAUGUGGUCCAGACCUCCGCCCCGAACUCUAGGUCAUACAACCGCAAGAAAUUCUCGCUUAUCAAAGACAUCGAGGAGCAGACGUUCGUUGACUUGGUCGCGGAAGUGAUCAAGAUAUACCCCAAUGACAGCGAGAAGGCCUUGCUUUAUCUCACUGACUACACUUCCAAUAAAGAUCUGCACGACUAUUCACCUGACAAUGACGAGGGCAACGGCGACGGCUGUGAAGGAGACGCCUUUAACUACCAGAGACGAUUUCGAAAGAAGUGGACAGGGCCCGCUGGUCAGUUGUCUCUCCCUGUUACAUUAUGGGAGCCACAUGCAGCGUACGCCCGUCAGAAUGUCGGGGAGGGUGAUCUCGUUCUCCUGUACAACGUCCACAUCAAGAAGAAUCGUAUCAAUGGAAGAUUGGAAGCUACCAUUCAUACCAACCGAACCAACCCUCUGGCGGCAAACGUGGUCGUCGUGCAACCUCACAAGGACGUGCGAGCCCAGCAGUUGAUCGACCGGAAAACCGCAUACUGGGAAUCGCACCCUCGAAAACGAAAGCCCGUUGAGGAAAACAACCAGAAGGCUCCCAAAAAGGUCAAAGCAAAGACUCGGAAGCAAGACGCCCCCGCGGAAGGCCAACAGCCUUUGGCCCCGCCCGUCACCAACCGCGGUCGUUACGAAGCAAACCCUCACGUACGCGCCGGCAACCCGUCAGUUCCCACCCGAAGUCUCGAGGCUAUAGUCGCCUCUGAAGAGCACACCAACCGGUCACCAGACAACAUCGAAUACCGCUUUCCCUUCCAAAACUUCUGCUAUCGCUCGAAAGUCCGCGUGGUUGAUUAUUUCCCUCAUAACCUGGAAGACUUCUCAGUUCCAGUUCCCCGAGCCUCAUCAAACGGAGGCAGUGACAGAGAAAAUAACGACUUCAUGACUUGGGAGUGGCGCUUCUGUCUCCUAGUCGAGAGCGUGCCCCCGCCCCCAGCAGGGCAAGCCAAGCAGCAAAUGAGAUUGUUUGUCUCUGGGAGCGAGGCAGUGUACCUCUAUGGUAUCGAUGCAGUAGACCUCAGAAAAAACCCGGUCGAACUUGAGAAUCUGCGAGAAAAAUUGUUCCAUAUCUGGGGCAACCUAGAGGAACUCAAGCGAGCAGCCAGGGAGAAAGGCACUGAAGCGCCACAUAGUCUAGGUGUAUUAUCACAGCAACCGUUCAAUUGCUGCAUUCAGGAAUAUGGGGUCAUGUGCAGGCAUCUCAUUGGCACGGUCGACGGCGAUGAUGUCCCGGCAUGUACCCAUGAGGACUGCUUGGGCUGGGAGAGGCGGUAUGCGAUGUUCAUGACCACAAUCGACGCUUAAAAAGGAACUUGAAAUGAAGGUUCUUAUCUUCUUCUACCUUUACUAUACCCCUAGCACCAUCCUUUGACGGUCAUUUCCCAGGGUCUGGUUUGGGUUUUCUGGUCUCCAUGUCUUAACCCAUUGCAUCCAACCAUCUUGUAUAACCCGGGGAUAACCGGGGGGUUAAUAUCUAUAGGGCAAUACCUUCACUCUGGAUAUACGUUA